AUGCCGAACCAGAUCAGAGAUAUUUCAACAAUUGACCAGGACAACUUUCCCUACAUCUUCGAGCAAAAUGUAACCGUCAAACUAAAGAGCAAUACUGGACUUGUCCGGCUCAAUGUCUACAGACCAAAGGACGGCAAUCCCGCUCCAGUAUUGCUGACCUAUGGUCCCUAUGGGAAGGACACGCCAUAUGGAGAUUUUCUAGCCCAUUCAUUUCACGACGUGAACCCAAAGCACAAGUGCGAACACUCUGCGUUUGAAGUUCCCGAUGCCAAAUUCUGGACGGCCGAGGGAUAUGCUGUCGUGCGCGCCGACGAGGUAGGCAUCGGCCAGUCCCCCGGCGUAUGCGACACAAUGUCCAAAUCAACCACGGACGCCUUCGCGGAAGUAAUCGAAUGGGCCGCAGACCAGCCCUGGUCGACUGGGAAAAUCGGGUUACUGGGCAUUAGUUACUUUGCAGGGUCGCAGUGGAGAGUGGCUGCAAGGAGACCCCGAGGGCUCGCCUGCUGCAUUCCCUAUGAAGGCAUGGCUGAUUACUACCGCGACCGAUGCCGGCAUGGGGGCCUUCUCACGGCCAGGUUCCUAAAGUUCUGGCAUGAUCGCCAGGUCAAGUCAAACCAGUAUGGUUUGGCGGGUAGGUCGAAGAAUCAACGGGGCCCGGAUACAAUUGAGGGAGACCUCAGCCAGGAGGAACUGGACCGCAAUCGGCACGACCAGGAUGUUGAGGCUGCGCAGUAUUUCUUCCGGGAUGACGAGUACUACGCGUCGAGAGAGUACAGUCUUGAAGACAUCGAAGUGCCGCUGCUCUCCGUUGGAAACCUGGGGAAUAUCGUGGUCCAUCUCCGUGGCAACGUCGAAGGGUACCUGAACGCAGGUUCUACAUUGAAAUUCCUACGCCUGGGCGUUGGUCGUCAUGACCUCCCUUUCUAUGCCGAUAACGAGGUCGAAAUGCAGAAAAGCUUCCUUAGUGCAUUCCUCAAAGACAACGACUACGACGGCUGGACCAUGGGACAACAGCCAAAAGUGACCCUUGUCCUGCGGAAAUCAGGCGUAGCCCAUGACAGUCUAGCCGCCAUGUCCGGGCAAGCCUUCGACCGACGAGCGGAGAAUGAGUGGCCUCUCGCUCGGACACAGUACACCAAGUACUUCGUCAGUCCGGAUCUGACCUUCGGGCCUCAAGAACCCCGCGUGCAGACUCAUAAACGACUGUCCUAUCCCGCGCUGACCGUUCCCGAAGACAACUCCUUCGUGCGCUUCACCACAGUGCCAUUUACGGAGGAGGUCGAGAUUACCGGCCACAUUGUUGCUCGCGUAAACGUAUCCGUCACGCCUCACCCGGGGGGAGGUGUACCCAAGGACAUCGACCUCUUCUUGACCCUCCGGCAUUACGCAGCAGAUGGGACGGAGGUCUUCUACACCGGCUCAAUUGGUGACCCUGUGCCCAUUAGCAAAGGCUGGCAGCGCGUGAGCCUUCGAAAGAUCAACUACGCCCACCCGCGCCAUCGUGAGUGGCGUCCCCACCGGGACUACUUCUCUACAGACGUCCUGCCGGUUAUUCCGGGAGAGAUAUACCCCGUCGAUGUGGAGAUCUGGCCCACCCAGGUUAUUCUGCAAAGGGGCGAACGGUUAUCCUUCGAGAUCAGUGGAGGGGAUACCCAGGGCGCUGGAAUUUUCACCCAUGAAUCCCCCGAAAGAUCAAAUGAGAGAUUUGGAGGGAUGAAUCAUAUCCACUUUGGGCCUGACCAACUGAACUAUGUGGUUCUACCCAUCAUCCCGGCUGAUAAGUAGAUUCAAUUAGGGCUUAGAUUUAGCAGUAGUCUAGAAGGCCAACGUUUACUUUACACGCAUGG